GCGAAACGGUUCACUUCACAUCAAAAGCGCAUCCGUCGAAGCUCAGCUCUCUCUCUGCGUCUCUGUCUCGCUCUCCCGUGUGUCCAGUGUGUGUGUAAACGAGAGUGUGUGUGUGUAUGUGUUGAGAUAGAGAAAAAUUAAAUCAUUAAAUUAAAAAGUGACCGAAAUAGCGGCCAGACAACUGCAACUGGAACAAAAGUUAGCCCUUGAGGUUCAUCAGCAUCAGCAUCAGCAUCAGAAUUAUUUGCAUUCCGCGUGAAAGUGGCAGACAGGGCUAGAGGAGAGGAGCAACGGAACGUGGCACGAAGUGGUGUUGCUUUUGUUGUCUUUCAGUUGCCACACAUUUGUACACCCACGCACAAGAACAGGGGCAAGAACACCCACACACACACGCACACGAGACUUCUGGGUGGUGAAAGUGAGAGUGAAAGUGACGCCCCAGCGAAACACUCAACGGGAAGCCCACGGCUCCUACAGUCCAGCGUUCGUUCGACUUGAGAAAAGCAGAGAAAAAGUUAGUUUCGUGGCGGAAAAUCAAGCGAAAAAUUACCAUCAUUUCCACAAUCUAAACGGAUUCUAAUUCUAAUUCAAUGAAUUGCCUCUCCUCUCUCUCCUUCUCCAACUAACUUUUUGCUCUCAAAAUGUAUUCGUGGCACAUAUUCCCUACAACUUUCCCCAUUUAUGUUUCCCGUUUCUUCUUUUUGAGCACCUACACAUAUACACAGCACAAUUUUUGGCUUAAUCUACCCGACAACCGACAACCGACACCCUCCCGGGAAAGUCACCCCCAUUUGGAAUUUGGAAUUUGAAUUUGAAACUUGAACUUAUACAUAUUGGCAUGCUGUACACUCUUUUGUGGCACUUAAUUUUGAUCCAUUUUUGGUGUAAAUAAUCGUACUCGUUCCCCACUACUUUUUCCACUUAAUUUCCUACUUUGCUCACUUUGGGACUGCAGUAAGACUCACUCGUAAUGGUUUAAUAACUCAGUAAGCAAACGGAUAUGAACAGUCCGCACUGUGAAUAACUAUCUACCAGCGUGGGCCAGUAGACGAAUUCACAUUGCAACAGUAAACCCAAAUGCCAGAGGCGCUGAUACUGCUCGGCAUGGCUGACGCAGAGCCGGACCUAUCGACGUUCGAGAACAAAACGGGACUGGCCGAGGACAUGAAGUUCCUCGCCUCCAUGCCGGAGCUGUGUGAUGUAACCUUCCUGGUGGGCGACACCCGAGAGCCCGUCUGUGCUGUAAAGGCUGUGCUGGCCUCCCGUUCCCGAGUGUUUGCGAAAAUGCUUUAUGCGGCGCCAUCGCCGCAGCGUAAGCGGGAGACGUCCACGAAGGAGAACAAGCUGCGCCUCUUCCUCAAGCGUUCCUCGGAGCCGCUGUUGAAUCUACAGAAUGCCGCACAACAGAGAACCGGUUUCACCCAACAAUUAGCUCCGAUAACCGAGCCCACAGGCCAGCAGCAUCAGACGCUGAUCAUUGAGGAGUUCGAGCCCGAUGUCUUCCGCCAGCUCAUCGAGUACAUCCACACGGGCUGUGUCACGCUGCAGCCGCGCACUCUGCUGGGUGUAAUGAAUGCCGCCGAUUACUAUGGCCUGGAGGAGCUGCGUCGCGCCUGCGCAGGCUUCGUGCAGUGCUGCAUCAAUGUGGACACCGUUUGUGCGCUGCUGGCCUCCGCGGAGCGCUACAUUCAGUACAAAUGCACCAAGACGCUGGUGCAGAAGGUGCUCGAGUUCGUGGACGAGCACGGGACAGAGGUGCUCAAUCUGGGCAGCUUCACGCUGCUGCCGCAGCACGUCGUGCGCCUGAUCCUCGCCAGGGAGGAGCUGCGCGCGGACGAGUUUACCAAGUUCCAGGCGGCGCUGAUGUGGAGCAAAAAGUAUUACGACAACAAUCCAAACAUUGACAUCAAGGAGAUUCUGGGCACGUUCCUGGAGUACAUACAGUUCCACAAGAUACCCGCGAAUGUGCUGAUGCGAGAGAUCCAUCCGCUGAGCCUGGUGCCCUAUGCGAUCAUCAUGAAUGCCUUGGCCUACCAGGCAGACCCAGAAAGCAUCGACCCCGGAAAGCUGUCUCCCAACUCUAGCCGACCCCACCAGCACCGCCACCGCCACCACCACCAGUCCCUGCCGAAGAUCCGCAAGGCCAAGUCGCAGUCCUUCCGCUCGCGACGCAGCCCCUCCGAGCGGCGCAGCCCCAACCUCACCCUCAACACCACCUCGGCGGGGGCCAGCAGCGACAAGAAGCGCAGUCCGCUGACGCCAAAGAGUCCGGUGCCCACAGAGCCGGAGUCCAAGAGCCCGGGCAGCGGCUCCCAGAAGACGCCCACCACCCUCUCCCGCCAGGGCACACUGCGGGCCUCCAGCCGGCGCAAGAACAGCGGACAACUGUCCAUCUCCCUGGGCACCCAGGGUCGGCGCAGUCCCGUGGGCACCAGCGAUCGCAGUCCCCAGGGCAGGCGCAGUCCGCUCUUCCCCGGCAGCAGCAGCGGCCUGCGCUCGCCCAACGACCAGCCCAGUCCCACUGCCAGGAGCCCAACGGGAGAGCCUCGCCGGAGCAGUCCCACCUUCAGUGUGCACACGCAGGAGCGUCGCUCGCCGCUGGGAGCCAAUGCGCCCACGGAUUUCGGCUGCCAGACGGGCUUCCCGGGUUCCUCCCGGAGGAGUCCCACGUCGACUGUCCACGUGCAGGACAUGGCCACGGAGCCGGAGGAGGCGGGCUUUGUGGGCAUGAAGCGACCCUCGAUCGGCCUCUUCACACCGAUCUACUUUGCCAGCGAGAAGCGUUCCCCCAUGGGCAUGGGCAUGGGCCUCAUUCCACCCAUCCACGUGUCCAAUCCGGCGGAGACCUACAAGAGUGCGGAGCGGGAGCGAGAGGCGGCGGAGGCAGCUGCCCGCGAGCUGGAGCGGGAGCACGAGAGGGAGAAGGAGGCCGCGCAGGCGCAGGCACAGCCGCAGGAGAAGAAGAGUGUCAUGCGGGAGAUCCUGGCGUUUGUGCGAAAGCCCUCCAAGGUGAUGACAACGCGAACGAAUCGCUUCGCCAAUGCCUUCACGAGAGCCGAGUCGGGCUCCUCCAGCGGCCCACUGAUCCGUCAGAGCACCUUCUCGGCCAGCCCGGCACCCUCGUCCACCGCCUCGAAGAGCGCCGUGCAGAAGCAAAUGUCGGAGGUGGGCUUCGAGCCGAAGAUGUCCCUCAAGUUCGCCCACUACACCAAGAUGAGCUUGAAGCUGCGACGCUCCGCCAAGCGGGACGAGGAGGAGAAGCAGAAGCAGCAGCAGCACCAGCAGACGGGGAGCUCAGCAUCGGGCUCCAAGCGGCCCAGCGCGGACUCCAAUGCGGGGAUCAUAGAGCAGGUAGGUGGCUCAGGCGGCUCGGCAUCCGCAUCAGCCUCGGCAUCGGGAGAGGAGCUGCCCUUCGAGCUGGCCAAUGUCCACUUCGAGAAGGUAGGUGAGUCCUAUAUCAAGCAUGAGCGACUCCGGGAGCUGGUCGAGCCGGAUCAGGAGACAGACACGAAGGGGGGCGCCGCAGUCGAAGCCUUGGCGGAUGGUGAGCCAGAGCCAGAGCAGACGGAUGCCGCCAUGGCACAGUUCGUGGAGGAGGUGACCAACUCCCUCAAGGUGGUGGCCCUCAACGGAGAGGGAGGCGCCGCUGUGGUGCAUCACUUCACGCGCCGCUCGGAGAGUCGAGAGCCCAUCGAGCCGCGCAUCAGCGAGGAGCACGAGUCGGACUCCAACGAUCUGAUUAUCCCAGAGGAGCUGCGGGCCGAGCUAGUAGAGAUCUUGAAGGCCUAUGCGCCAGAACCAGUUUAUGUUAAUCUGCAGGCGCUGCGGCGCGAAACGGAUGAGGCGGAGGCCGCCGCCCAGGCUGUGGCAGAGGCGGCAGCGGCAGUCGCAGCCGCGGCUGCAGCGGCAGUGGCGGCAGCCUCGGCCCCGCCCGUCAAGCAGCCGCUGCAGUGUCCUACUAUUGAGUUUGAGCCGCCGUCGCGUCGAUCCUCCUUCGACCCGCCACGCUCGCCCUUCCUCGAGCAGCUGCGCAGCCCCGGGGGGGACACGGACACGGAUCUGAUCAAUCUGCAGCGUCUGGACUCGGGCGGCGACAGCUUCGAGAUGGUCGAGGGUGACCGCAAGUCGAGCCGCGCCGAGUCCAGCUUCGACUGCCCGUACUCCUCGCGGGACACCAGCUUCGAUGUGUCCAUAUCGCGCUACCAGUCCACCAGCUACGAGGAUCAGACCUCCAGCUUCGAGAUCGUGGACACGGACGAGCGCCACCGACGGCCCGUGGAUCUGCGCAAGAGCUCCAUCGAGCUGGUCGACGCGGAGACCUUCCAGCGGUCGGGCUCCUCCUGCGGCAGAAAGUCCUCGCUGGAGACGCACUUCGACUACACGCCCUCGGAGACGAGCGGCGUCACGCCCGCCCGCUCGCCCAACUUCCCGCUGAUGACCAAGAAGCAGAAGGCCGAGACCUUCCGCCAGCUGCACAUCUCCCCCUUCAGUGCCUUCUCGCGGGCACGCAGUCCGCUCUCGCAGCAGACGUCCUCGAACUACAGCUCGCGGGACAGCUACGACUCGAGCUCCUCGUACCAGGGCGGACCCAGCCACGGCCACGGCCACGGACCGUAUGCCGAUCCCAGCCGCAAGCACUUCCCCCUGACCAUCAAGCGGGACCGCGACCAGCGCGAGGAGGAGGUGAAGACGUUCCUCUGCACCGACCAGCGCUGUGCUUCCAUCUUCGAGCCGCGUCCCAGCUCUGUGCUCACCCAGCAGCUGUCCACGGGCUCCAUGUCCACCCCCUCGGGCUACACCAACGGCACGCCGCGCAUUCCCAGCAGCAACGUGCCGGGCGCCGUGCCCCCCGCCGCUGCCUUGCCCCCCGGGCAGCUCCACAGCUGCGGCUUCUCCAGCGGCAGCGAGUUCGAGCCGCCAUCUCCGAGACGAGCGGCCAGUGCCUCGCCCAAGCACACCUUCACGUUCCGCAUCGUGAUGAAGAAGGUGGACAGUUCGCCGGAGGCCCUGUGCCCGGAGAGGCAUCGAUCCCGCAUCAUAGAUCGCUACCGACGGCGCGACAGUCGCCGCAAGCGCAUCCAUGAGGCGGGCAAGAGCUUUUAGGCGGGAAGGAGGCUGCUUUAGAUAGGAUAUUGGAAUCAUUUACUGGGAGUACUCGCACUCACCCAGUCCUGUUCUCUGUUCAGUUUCAACCACGGUGAACCUCAUGAGAAUUCAUUGCGGCAAUCUCUACAUGUAUCUUCUUGGAUAUGUUUUUGACAAUCUCAAUGUUUAAUCUCAAGCUCUAAGGCUAAAUCUCUACAUCUUUGACUCAAAAGCAUCGCGAGUGUUGUCUGUAGGAUUAAGUGAAGAAUCAAACUCAAGGCGUUCAAUAAUCAAACUUUAUAAAAUGGUUCUGGUUUUAGGCCGUUUCGAAAAGCUCUACCCCAAACCAGGCACUAUUCGGCCAACCCGAAGCCAGUUUGUACAAUAUACCUCCUCCUCCAUUAUGGAAGGGAAGCACUGCUGAUCCAGGGGUUCGAGCCAGUCGAGAAAUAGUUGAUUAGAAAUUGUUAUUCUAAACGAUCUACAAAUGUAUGUGAAACAAUAAUUCCUCCCACGAUUUACCUGAUUACUAUUUAAAACAAUAGAUCAACAAACAUUUAUUACAUAGUAUUAUAUUAUAUACGAUAUACGACAUACGCAUACGAUAUAUGUAUACAUGGAUGUACGUAUGCGGGGUUCAAACUUUGGUGUUGUAAUUAUUGUGGAAAACCAAAAAGCAUACGUUAAGUAUUUGUGCAUUUUUACGUGGUUCCUGUUAUAUACGUAUAGCUAUAGGAUAUACAUACCUCUAAAUAUACAAGAAACACUCCAUCUGGAUGUGGCAUAACAUAAAUUAAAUAUAAAUAUAAACCCCGUACAGAUUGUAGUCGUAAGAUCUAAAUGCUAUAUUCUAAAUGUAACCGAACUGCGCGGCUAUUGCAAGUGGUGACAACAUAUGUAAAAGUACUUAUUAUUUACAUAGUUUGUUCUUAAGCAAAAGAUCACACAUAUUGUGCAUACAAACGUAUGUGCUUAAAGCUGGAUUUGGGGCCGUACUUAAAUCUUAAAUCUUAAAGAGAAAAACUUAUAGCGAGAAGAGCGAACGAAUGGAGGGGAGACUCGCGCAUUAUCCAAUGAAUAUUUAAUGUUAAACUUUGAGCAGGAUUUUUGGACUCUGUGUUUGUUGGUUAAACGAAGAAAGAAAACAGAAGUCCCAAAGAGGAAAUCCUACACUUAAGCAAUCCAAGUAUCAUUAUUUACAAGAUAUUUAUUAUACAUACAUACACUCUAAAGUUUAAACUAAAGAUUAAGCGAUGAGGAGUGAAUGAUGUUUGGCUUUUUAGCAAGUCAAAUCAAGAAAGAUAUCAGCAUUUUACAGGUAAUUACGCAUUAUAAGCAUUUACUUCUAACCACAACAUACACGAACAUGUACCCGAAUAUGUACUCAUGCUCGUGCUCGUGCUCGUGCUCGUACUCGUACUCGUAUAUGGUAUAUGAUUGGCACUCGACACUCGUAACUAACCAGAAUUGAAUGCCAGUAGAAUCGUUGCUAUUUUGAUUUGUAGUUGCUUGCUUUCGAAACUAAAACUAAAACUAAACUCGGUAAGAGAUCGCUUAAACAGUUUGUAGUGCUAACGAUCGUGUCUGUGGCUCUGCAUGCGCUUGCCAGAGAUGGAGAGAUGGAGAGAUGGAGAGAGGGAGGGAGUCCAGAGUCCAGAGCAGCCAACUACAAUUUCAUAAUGCGACCUUCUUCUAUUUGCAGCAUGAUGGUUUUUUACAGAGUGUCAGCUGCCGAUCGAUCGGAGGAGGAAUAAGAACACCCAAUACAUAUACGAGUUUACGGAGUGUUCUAUCCGUUUAGAAGGAUAGAGCCCCUGAGGAUGGAUAGAUGUUGUCGUUCUCGUUCUCGUUGUCGAGGCAUUUGUUAGACUAACUCCAGUUCCAGUGUUUGAAUGUACUUUUACUUGUACCUUUUUGU